AAGUGAGGAGAACGAGGAGACACGGUAGCAUAAUGAAAAGCACCCAUAGUCACUAUGAGGAAGUGACACAAUUAGAGGAAGUAGAUUCAACAUUUCUCUUUAAGGAGCUCUAGUUUAGAGACUUACAAGUACAAGAAGCAGAGAGUCAGAGAGGCACAAUGGUUGAAUUCAGAUGGAUUAAAAUGUCUUUAUUUCUGAUGCUGGUGCUUCACUUUACAGCAGCAGCAACCGGACAGCUUUAUCUCUCCUUCACUGUCAGAGCUGGAGAUGGCGUCACUUUGUCUUGUGAAAAUGUGAUAAAGGAUCAGAAUAACUGUGGCAGUACAACAUGGCUCUUCAGUGGUUCAAGAAGAAUAGCAGCAGUAGAGCUGGUUACACUUGGACAGAUUGGUAAAAACACCAACUCUAAAUCAGACAGACUGAGUGUUACAGCGAACUGUUCUCUGGUUAUAAAGAAGGUCACAGUCGAGGAUGUUGGUCGUUACACCUGCAGACAGUUUAUAUCAGGACAACAACAAGGUCCAGACUCUGUGGUUGAUCUGUCUGUUAUUACCAUGACUGAACAUAAGGACUCUGAUAAGGUGACAUUAAGCUGCUCUGUGUCGACUAAUGGACGAUGUACACACACAGUGAAGUGGCUGAAUGAGGGUCAAGAUCUGGAUAAAGAUAACCAAGUAGUGAAGACAUCACAGUCUCCCUGCAAUGUCUCUGUGACCUUUAAGACUUCUCAUUACAUUUACACAUCAAACUCUAACUCAUUGAAGUGUGCAGUGACUGAUGCUUUCAAAGUGCAGCAGUUUCCCUUCAGACUUCAGCCCUCAGGUGGGAAACCAGGUGAGGACACAAAACCAACAACAACAACUGAAAACAGCAUAAAAGCAGGAACCACCUUGAUACCAUCUCUAAUCAAUGAUACUUCAACUGUACUAAAAGAUUUGUGGUGGGUGUUCCUCAUUGUGGCUGUGGUUUUAGUGGCACUUGUAAUAAUAGUUUGGAAGGUCAUCAGAUGGAAGAAAACUAAAGGGAAGAAAACAAAGAUGAAUGACAAUGUUGGACUGACCUCAAACCCUGCAGAGACUCAGUCUGCUCCAGAAACCAGUCAGGACACAGCUGAUCCUGAAGAUGGUGUUUCCUACGCCUCCAUCAGCUUCACCAAUAAGACCAACAGUAAAAUCCAGGUUCAGAGUAAAAAGGAUGACGAUGAAGGAGAUGCUGUAACCUACACGACCGUAAAAACUUCCUCAAUUGAUCCCAGCAAUCUCUACGCUACCAUCAAAUAACCAAACAAACAAACUCAUGUCAUCAGAUCUUUCCUAAUUUCUCUUAAGUUUUUUUUAUCAUCAUUUUCAAGAUUGAUUAUUGUAAAAAGAAUGUAAACAUAAUGUGACAUAAUAACUUAACAUACUGUAUAUAUGGAUGGUUGCUCAAAAAGUAAAUGAGCAAACACAUCUUGCUUGAUGAACUUGCUGUUGGGCACUUUAUUGUGCCCAGUGAUGGAUGUAUACUCAAAUUGUAUUGAUAUUUUUAUUGUCAUAUUUUUCUGUUUAGUUCCUUCUCUUAUAAUUUGUAUCAAUUUCACCAAGUAUGUAACCUAUUAGUUCAGUUGGCUUUGAACAUCCCGGUAAGCAUUCACAUCAAAUGAAAAGGAGGUGGGAUGUGACAUAAUUGAAAGUUGUAGUAAACAACAAAAUCAGUUACAACUAUGGAACUGCAGUAACUUGGACUCAUAUUGCAACAAAUAAGCUAGAAGGAAGUUAUGCAAUAACACAGGCGGCUCAAAUUUAAAAAAAAAAAAGGCUACAUGUCACUGUGAGGAAGUGUUCACAAGAUGUAAAUAAUGUGUUUCUCUUAAAGAAACAACUAGUUUAUUGAACCUUAAAAGGUUGAGAACAGCAGAGGUAAGAGACACAGACGUGCACAGUGGUUAAAUUCAGAUGGAUUAAAAUGUCUUUGUGUCAUGCUGAUGUAUAAUCAUCAUGAUCAAAUGAUAGCAGUCAGGGUUUUUGGGGAACUGUGUCCUGGGAUAAAUGGGUGUUGGCACACAAAUCUAAUGUGUAAAACUGUAUUAUAGUAUUCAUUUAUUAUGUUACCUUAUUGGUGAAAUGCUUAAAAAGUCAAAAUAAUUUUCAUCAGGGUUGUUCUGUGUGUACUGGUCAGUUUGCAGUGGCUGAAGAAAAACUCACAUCCUUUUAUUAAAGAAAAAAAAGCAGAAGAAGCAAAAACACAAUGUAAAAACACUCAGAUUCAAGUAAAAGUCUUACUUACCAGUAAAAA